UUUCUCAAGGAUUACACUUUUUUUUUCUUUCUGAACCUGGACAUUUUAUGGACAUUAAAGCAACAAUUUUACAAAAACCUCUUAUUAUAUUUAUCUCACAGAAAAGUUAAAAUGCUGCUGGGAUUUGCUGGUGUUCUGCACUUGAUCUUUCUGACACAUGCUCAAGCCUCCCCUUAUCAGACAACCUUGCCUGUGACAUGUGAAGAUGAAAACAUCUGUACCCCCACAACGUCACAUGUGUUUAUUAGGUGCUCUUACACAAACACCAGCAUCCAGACUGUGAUCUGGUUCAGUCCUAAACAGAAAGAGAAAUGGAAGAAUAGGAAUUAUCCAGAGGAUCUCACUUUGGAUUCCGACCUAGCUGGUCGUGUGAAUCACACCGAGACCCUAAACUCCAGCACUCUGACAAUAAGAGAUGUGAGACUUGGAGACUCAGGAGAAUAUCGUUUCAUACUCGUUACAGCAAACGGAGAGAAAUAUCUCAGCUCGAUAGCCGUGAAGCUAACAGUGACAGACCUGCAGGUGAGGAUACAUCCAGGCAUCACGGAGCAGGAAUUACGUCUCACCUGUAACACUCAGUGCAGACUGACUACAAACUGGAACUCCUGGUGGAAGGAUGGCAAGCGUAUAAACGCUAAACUAAACACCGAAGCGCUUGUCUUAUCUGCUGAUGAUGGAGGAAGCUACUUCUGCUCGGUCAAAACCAAGGCAAAGAUGAUCUAUUCCCCUGCAGUGUGUGUCUGGAAACAGAACUGCUGGAAUGUGACUUAUGUGCAGAGUACAGUGUGUGCUUUCAAAGGUUCAUCGGUGAGCUUCCCUUGCACUUACUCAUAUCCCAGUGGACAAAAAGUCAAUAAAAGCUACUGGACAUUCAAUCAGAAAGACGUGAGUCUCUUGGAGCAGUUUGCAGGUCGUGUGGAGUUUGUCGGAGAUCAAGAGAGUAACUGCACUCUAAGACUGAUUGACCUUAAAGACAGCGACUCUGGAGAUUAUCGCUUUCUUUUCUCCACUCAUACCACAGAGCCAGUCUUCAGUAGCUCACUCAGGGUCCAGCUGAUUGUUACAGAUUUCCAGGUCAGGGUGAGUUUUCUCAGCAUGUCAGAUGGACAGACGGUAGCACUGAGCUGUAUCACCAGCUGUACUCUUCCUAAACAUGCGUUCAACUGGUACCAGAACAGCCAACGUGUAAUGAACAAACUCACCAAAUACAACAAUCUGUAUCUGGAUGGACCUAGCUACAAGGACAGAGACACAUACACAUGUGCAGUGAGAGAUAUUGACAUGCAGAACGUUACAGAAGCUCCAGGUGGUGAAUGGUGGUGGAUUCAGUAUGCGAUAUGGGCAGCAGGGGGAUUCAUGGCUGUUUUAACUCUACUUAUUGCUAUUCAGCUCAUCAGGAGGGCAAGACGAAAAAAGAAUGAUACCCAGAGUAUUUCAAACCCUGUAGAUGAUGACAUAUACACAGGCCUGGACUCUAUGACCAUGUCUUCCACUUAUGCUACUCUUGGAGAUGUAGAGGAUUCACUAACAGACACCUACACUACUCUGAGCUCUGCAAACCGGUCCUCUGAGUACAGCACACUGUUUAUUUAUUCAAGGUAUCUUCUGAUAAAAACGAGACAAAUUAGCAGGUAAUACUGUUAAAGCCUAAAGAUAAAGAUGCCUUUUUCAUCUAUACUGUGAGUAUUAAGCAACAUAUUUAAAAUACAGAAAUACCAUUAUGUCUAGCAGCUAAAUUCUAGUUUCAGUAUUAUAAAACCCUCACCUUCACCUUCUCUUUCUGUUUGCUCUUUUACUGGGUUUCAUCUGUCCUUUUCUCCUCAUGUGUCUGUUUCUACUAGAGGUACCUAUCAAGCAAAAAUCCUGGGAGCAGGCAGUCACAUAUGAUGUUCAUUAAUAAAGGAGUGGACUCAUCGGAUUCAGCAGAUUGCAUGCCCUGUGCUGCGCUAUGCAUUUUCUCAUAUGUUCAUUCAUUCCUCUUCAGUUUCUGAUUUAUCCAGGUCAGGGUCACUGUUUCCUAAUAUAUGUACCAAGUAUGUUUGUUAUUAGGAAAUAUCUUGGGCAAAAACCUAAGAGCUGCAGCUCCAGGUGGGAUUAGUCAUAUUUUCUGAGGGAGUGGGAUUUUAAAAUACGGUCUAAUUUGUAGUAAUGUUUGAUAACAUGGAAAUUUUAACUAGCUAGCCUACCAGUCUACAUUAUACCAAGUAUUAGCUACGUCAGAAUUCUCUGGCAGUAACCAGGAACUGGGAGGCAGCAACACUACCUGCUGUGCCACUGUACCACCAACUGAUACUCAAACUGCUUCAUAAGGCAGCCUAGCACAACCUAGCUAGCUAGAACUGUCUGUGCUAGCAAACACUUCUUUCAUCAUAAACAUAUUGCCCAAAGUUUUGGGACACCCCUUCAAAUCAUUGAAUUGAGGUGUUGUUUUUCAGGGGUUGGGCCCUUAGUUCCAGUGAAAGGAACUCUUAAUGCUUCAGCAUACCAAGACAUUUUAGACAAUUUCAUGCUCCCAACUUUGUGGGAACAGUUAGGGGAUGACCCCUUCCUGUGUACAUGACUGCACACCAGUGCACAAAGGAUGAGUGAGUUUGGUGUGGAGGAACUUGACUGGCCUGUACAGAGUCCUGACCUCAACCCGAUAAAACACCUUUGGGAUGAAUUAGAGCAGAGACUGUGAGCCAGGCCUUCUCAUCCAACAUCAGUACCUGACCUCACAAAUGUGCUUCUAGAGGAAUGGUCAAAAAUUCCCAUAAACACACUCCUAAACCUUGUGGAAAGCCUUCCCAGAGGAGUUGAAGCUGUUAUAGCUGCAAAGGGUGGGCCAACUCCAUAUUACAUUCAUGUGCAUGUAAACGCAGACGUCCCAAAACUUUUCGCAAUAUAGUAUAGUUUGUGAUCAGUUUAGAGCUUUAUAUAGUUGAAGGAAAACUGACAGUUUAAAUAUGAAUGAAUUUUUUUUUUUGUAAAAUGGUCAAAAAUAGACCUGCAGUUGACUAAAGGACUGAGAGACUCAUUGGCAUAUGCACACAUACACACUUACAAUGGUGUCCAUAAUGGCUUUGAUUUUUUUUCUUUUUUUCACAUCAUUUUUAAAGCUGUGAGCGUUUUUGUUGACUCCCACUCCCAGUCUUGUCCUCCUUUCAGGGAGCUCUUUAUAACACUUCUUUUCUCCUACUGAGUGACACAGUGAUGAAUGCAAACAGCUCUUUCUUUCUCUCCCUGACUUCCUCACUGGACAUUCUUCUUUCAUUAGUAAAGAGGAAGCUGGUGGGUGAUUUAUUUGAGGACUUGAUCUGUGUGAGGGCGACUGAAUGUGACUGUCCGGCUGUGUAGAGAAAGUUGGAACAGGUGCAUAUGCCUUUUCUGCUUGAUGAAUGAAAGAAGAGUGAAAGACUUUGAAUGAGCAACAACUUGGGCAAAGGAAUGACAUGCAUGGAUUGAAAAAGUGUGUUUUGAUCACUAUGUGAACCCUAGUUAAAGUUCAUUGUUUUAAAUUCAGCGUUCACUUCAGCAAAUAAAAAUUCCACUGGAGAUUAUGUAUGGAAUAAUACAAUAAAAAGUACAGUAAUCACUGACCUGGUGGUAUGAUGUGGCCUGAUGUGAAGCAGGGUUACUGUUACCACCCCUACAAUAACAACAUGCCUUGAAUUGUUUUAUUCCCAAUAUACAAAAGAAAUUUGAUCUCAUCAGGCAUUUUAUCUGUUUAUACUUGUGUUUAAUGCUGUGGAACAUCUGUGAAAUGAUUUAGAUGAAUUUAAUGGCUGAUGCCUAUAAACAUAAACCUCAUACAGUG